AAGCUCACCUUUUCUUCACUCCCAGGACCAUCUCAGCAUAUUUCCACGGAUAUAUCUGCCGCGUGGCCUCCACAGGUGAGCAGCUGAGCUGAGAGGAGCUGAGGCGCGGGAGUAAAGACGCGCAGAGGGUGGAGAUUUAGCGCCAAGUGAAACCUACGCCUCCUGACGUGGAGUUCAUCUGUUCUCUGCAAGGCGCCAGCUCGGAGGUGUUAGCCCGGCCUAAACGCAGAAACCCGGGACAGCGAGGCAGAGAGAGCACCUGAAGAGGACAGGAGCAGCAAGGACACCUGGAAGCUGCUGAGGAGCACCUGGAGCGGCAGGUCUGCAGCUUUAAAGCUUUGUUUGGACCGGAGGAGAGUGAACUUCAAGCGAGGACCUUGAGGUUUGCUCGCACAGACACUUCAGCCCUCGGAGUAUAAUGAGGGGAAAAAGGGAAGAGACAGAAGCGAAGUCUGCUACUCCUGAGGCCCCCAAACACACCACAGUCCGACCGAGGAAGAGGAAGGCAGAUGUCGCUAUUUUUUUACAGGACCUGGAUGAGGAGGUAGCAGAGAUGACAAAGAAGAAGCAGUGUGAGUGUGAGCUGGGCUGGAGUCCCGAUGCUGAACCCGUGAGUCCGCACAGGUGGACCCCCACACCUGAGCGGGAGGAGUGCCCCCCCGUCUCCCUGAUCAGCGCCGGCCUCCCGCACUACAGCGUCAACAGCACAUGCGUGACGCCGGUGCACUGCGCACCGCUGCCCACGCUCUGCUGGGCCAGUAAGGAUGUGGUGUGGAACAACAUGCUGGAGAAGGAUAAGACCUACACCAGAGACAUCCGCAUGAUGGAGAAACAUCCACAUCUGGAGCCCAAGAUGAGGGCCAUCCUCCUAGACUGGCUCAUGGAGGUGAGCGAGGUCUACAAGCUGCACAGGGAGACGUACCACCUCGCCCAGGACUACUUUGAUCGCUUCAUGGCCACCCAGAAGAACGUCCUCAAAUCCAUGCUGCAGCUCAUCGGCAUCACCUGCCUGUUCAUCGCUGCUAAAGUUGAGGAGAUGUAUCCUCCUAAAGUCCACCAGUUUGCCUACGUCACAGAUGAAGCCUGCACAGAAGACCAGAUUCUCACCAUGGAAAUCAUCAUCAUGAAGGAGCUGAAGUGGAGUCUCAGCCCGCAGACUCCCGUCUCCUGGCUCAAUGUGUACAUGCAGGUGGCCUACCUGGAAGAUACGGCCCAGCUGCUCAUCCCCAGAUACCCUCAGCCCACCUUCACACAAAUCGCAGAGUUGUUGGACCUGUGCAUGCUGGACGUGCGCUGCCUCGAGUUCUCGAACGGCGUUCUUGCAGCUGCGGCGCUCUUUCACUUCUCCUCCCUGGAGCUGGUGGAAAAUGUGUCGGCUCUGAAGAGGGCGGAGUUGGAGGAGUGCGUGAGGUGGAUGGUGCCGUUCGCGAUGGCGCUGCGAGAGGUCGGCAGCUCGCCGAUGAAAACGUUCCUGGGAAUCCCUGCAGACGACAUGCACAACAUCCAGACCCACGCCCCCUACAUGACGUGGCUGGAAAAGGCCUACUCCUACCAGGAAGUGGAGCUGCAGCGUCAUGGCGGCUGCCCCGUCCCCUCGGGGGUUCUGACUCCGCCCCUGAGCAGCGAGAAGACCGAAGAGCUGGCGGGGGAGGCAGCGGUGGUUAAAAUCAGAGCCAGCAUGGGUUCUCCAUCCCCGCAGCAGCAGAGCGCUGAAAUGAUGGGAUGAAAGCUCGGCGAGUUCGAUUUUUCUGUUUCAGCUGCAAGAAACGAGCUGACACUGAUUCUGAGGGAGGGAAACAUUUUUGGGAAACAGUAUUUUCUGCUUUCAGGGAGCUUCUCAGUGCUGACUGCAGUGAAACCCAGGGAGGAGACACUUCACUGCCACAGGAGCCCAUUUAAGCUCCAGUUUGAUGAGCAGGAGACUUUUUAAUGCUUUUUAAUAGCUGUGCACCUGAAAGCUCGCAUUAAUUCCAGCCACGCCUUUUAGUGGUUUUUAUUCUCUAUGCAGAGGCCAAACUGAGAGGAUGUUUAAAGUCUCUACCUGAGAGUGUGGUUAACUCUAUUAGUGGCCUCGUGUGCCCAAAAACUAUUCUUAGGGUCGUGUUUGGCUCUAUGUGCUGCUAUAAAGGUGUGUGUGCGUGCGUGUGUGUGUGCAUGCGUGUGUGUGCGUGUGUGUGCGCGCGUGUGUGUGUGUGUGUGUGUGUGUGUGUGUGUGUGUGUUUUAAUGGGCUGAGUGUGGCCGUGUUCUGCUUGGGGACCAGUAGCUUGGCUACCUUGAUGGACAGGUGAACCAACUGGGCUUCAGAAGCUAAAUGUUGAUUGUAUUUA